AUGAAUAGAAUUCACCACGCUACAAAUGACUCAGGCCAGAAUGAAGCAGAGAGAAGUAAUGCAUGCAUUGGCAAUGCACUGGUUGAUGGGGGAAGUUUACAUUGGGAAUAUUACAAAGAAUUAGAAGGGCUUACAGAAGAUGAAGUAGCUGAAAUGUCUCUUAAAGAGGUAGAGGAAUUUGAGAAUAACAGGAUGGUUAAAAAUGCAUGGCGAGUUGCGGAAGAGGUUCAUAUUCAUAUCAAUGGAGAACCAGCAACAAAGGGUUUUAUUGCAUCUGCUGUCUCGGAAAGACCUGGUGUCGAAUUCUUUUAUAACAAGGAGUGGCUAACGAAAUACAACAUUACUUCAACUACGAAGCGGCCUGAAGUACCUGGGCAUUCAUACUUCCAGAAAGUUGAGAAAUUCUUGGAGAUGCAUUAUGAAAGAGGAGAGUUAUACAUGGAGUUCCUCAAGAAAGAUUGCUUGUCGAAAGAUCAUGUAAUGCCUGCACAGAGUGGAUAGGCCCUGAGUCUACAAAGCGAACACCACGUCCUUUUCCAGACACCUCUUCUCCUUCUCAUCAUUAUCUCCCUUUAGAGAAAACUCCCACCAUUAAUGUUGAUGGUAGCACAAGAGAGCCCAACGAUUUCCAACCAAGAGCACAAUUGCGAAAACGUUUUUUUAACAAAGACAUAAAACUUGGUGACAGUGAGGAAAUUGAAGCAUUUUCAAAGCAGUACAUUGUAGGGGUUGAUUUAAUAGAGGAAUAUCUUCAACACCUAACCAACAUAGAAUUAAGAAAAUUAAAACGAAAGCAAGAAAAAGAGAAGUUGAAGGUGAAUGAAGCUUCAAAAUCUUACAGUGACUAUGACUGGGAGAAACUUUACAAAACGGGAAGGCUGAAAAAUCUUAAAGUAUGCGAACUUGAUAAUUAUGUGCAGCAUUACAAAUUGACCACCAGGAAGCUGGCGAAAGCAGAAAAGCUUCAGUUGUUGUCAGCUCACAUUAGCCAGAGAAUCUGUCAGAAAAUAAUAUCAAAUGCCAAAGCAACAACCCUCGCAAGCUCCUUUCAGUCAGUCAGAACAUGAUUCACAAAGUAGCUGCUCAGAAGAGUCCAGUAGUGAUGAUGAAGUACUGAACAUAUUUGGCAGUUACUUGAGAGAACAUGACUCAUUUGGAGAUGUGAUAAUGGAUGAGGAUGACUUUCCAGUGGGUGAGAUAACAGUACACCGUUAUGGACGAAAAGUUGGCAGUUGGAGGUCACGCUAUACACAAGAUGAAUAA